AUGCCCAAGUUACAACAAUCGAAUCAGUCUCUAGGUGAAAAAAUUGACUUUCGUCUAGGUCAAAUCGAAUUACAUGCAGUCGACAAUCAAUCUACAGUUGAUGUUCAACUUGGCUAUGGUGUAUUGCAUCUCUAUAGAGAUUGGCAUCACACAGACUUACCAGAUACUAGAAUUGCUCAAGACGAAUCACUCAAUAAGGAACAGGAUCAACAAGACGAUACAGACCGCGUCAUCUGUAUCUUGGCCGUUCCUUCCUAUAUGUCAAACGAGGAUUUCAUGCAGUUUCUUGGUGCAACCCAAGACGAUAUUGUCCAGUAUCGGUUCAUUCGAGACUUUUCGCCCAACAAAUAUACAGUCUUGCUCAAGUUUAGAGAUAGACGUUCUGCAUUCAUGUGUUAUCGGAAAUACAAUGGUAGACGAUUUAGUAUGAGUGAACCAGAGAUUAGUCAUGCAGUCUAUUUGGCAUCCAAUAAGCUCGAAACAUACUUUAUUUCAGAUAAAAAGCAGUUCCCUUAUAUGAAGGAUACACUAAGUCAAGAUCUUGUGAGAAAAGUAACUGAUUUAGAAUUACCCACAUGUCCUGUGUGUCUAGAGCGUAUGGAUGAGAGUAUUACUGGAUUACUCAGCAUUCAGUGUCGACAUACGGUGCAGUGUUAUUGUAUUGACAAGUGGGGACAUGGAAAAUGUUCGGUCUGUAGGCACUCGCAAAGACCAGUGCUAACCGAUCCAAGACGGCGACCUCAAAUGCAACAACAGCUAUGUGGUGAGUGCUUUGAAUGUCAAUCAACAGAUAGUCUUUGGAUAUGUAUGAUUUGUGGACACAUAGGCUGUGGUAGAUAUCAAGAAGCACAUGCCUAUGAUCAUUAUAUGGCUACAAAUCAUUUAUACGCUCUAGAGAUUGAGACACAGAGAAUAUGGGACUAUCUAGGUGAUGGAUACGUUCAUCGAUUGCUACAGAAUAUGGUGGAUGGAGCCAUUGUGGAACUACCGCCUAAUGAAGCCAAUAGCAGUAAGAGUAAUUUAGGCCAUAGCCACGAUGAGGAUGAACCCAAGUUAGGAGAUAGCUCCACCAAGAAUCCAUCUAUUAUUCGACCGACAGAUGGUGUGAUGAAUAAACUUGAGAAUAUAUCAACCGAAUAUACCUUUAUGCUCAUGUCACAAAUGGACUCACAAAGAAUGUAUUAUGAAGAUCAAUUAGAUACCCUAACCAAACAAGCAUCAAAUAUAGAAAGUGAAAUACAAAGAAUGACAGAUUAUCUGAAUAGCGUCCAACAGGCACAAGAACACCUAAAAGAGACAGACACUAAUCUCGAACAUACUUUAAUAGAAAACAAGAAAGAAAAAGAUCGAAUGGAUAAAAAGGUUGCUCAGGUCAAGGAAAGAUAUAACAAGGUCCAAAACAAUUUGAAUGAAGAAAAAGCGGUAGGUUUAUAUUAA